ACACCAGAAGGACAAGCCUUUCUAUCCAGCAUUCAGCAGCGUGGGCACCAGUGGUGGCAGCAGCAGCAGCUGCAGUGGUGGCAGGGGUGGUUGCAGCAUCAACGACCACUGCAGUGGUUGCGGCUGCAGCAAUCAAAUGAAUUGGGGGGGAAGCAGCGCCAGCAACAGCAGAGCUGCAUACCUCUUCAUGGGCGAGGUAGAGGACUUGUGUGGUGUUGCAUGGCAGUGGACAGCCAGAGCUCAACAUGCACCGCUUCUGUGCUUAACCGUGCCUAGCUGUCCUGAGCUGUGCUUAGACGUAGGUGGGUGGGGUGGGCAUGAGGAGGACUUUGCGGCUACAGGCCAAGCCCUCGUUCACAGCGCUGCUGAGUAA